AUGAAUCGAGACGCCUGUGAUGCGACUUAUGCAGCCGAGUCAAGUCAUCUAGUGAAAGCUGUGCUGGAGAGACACCGCCUGACCAGGCAGCAGGACGAUCAGCACCCGGAUAAAGAGGCGAAUAUCCGCUGGCCAGCCUGUCAAGACUUCACAGUGGAAGAGGGGAAGAAGCACAUCGCUUCGUACAUCCAAACAUGGGAGCUCCAAGACCGCUGGAUCUUCAGUCUGGACUUCCUCUACUCCACCGAGGAGGAAUACUGCACCCUCUAUCAUUACAGGGCCCGAUUCAGCACCCCGACACCGCAGAGGCCGAUCCAGGGGACCGCCAGUGUUUACUUCGCUGUGGACGUGUCUAAAGUGAAGCCUGGGAGCCUGCCGGUGCAGGUUCACUUCGUGGUGGAGUCCAACCGGCUGGUGCACACGCCGGGGAGCACCAGCUUCAGGGAGAAGUGGCUGCAGGACGUGAUCGAGGGCAAGACUCUGCUCGAAGGAGCUCUGACCUUUUAA